GAAAUCAAUGGUAGGCUUACCUGUUAAACUCUGUGUAUGAUAUGCUGAGCUGGUAGUAAGAUGGCAGAAGCUGGAAUCUGUGUGCUGCUCUUAUUUUGUUCCCUGUUCUCAGGACUGGUUUAUUACAAAAACUUUAUUUUUGAACAUGGGGACAAAAUCACAACUAAGGAAAGGCCAAAUUUCAUUAUUAUCCUUGCUGAUGAUAUUGGCUGGGGAGACCUCUGGACAAAUGAGUUUGACAAUGCUACCCCCUGGCUGAAUAUGUUAAAGCUGGAAGGCAAAAGGUUUACAGACUUCCACUCUCCAGCUUCCACAUGUUCCCCCUCGCGUGCUGCACUGCUGACUGGUAGACACGGCUUACGCAAUGGAGUCACUCACAAUUUUGCAAAGGGUUCUGUUGGAGGACUGCCACUUAAUGAGGCAACAUUUGCUCAGCUCCUACGUGAUGCAGGCUAUUACACUGCCAUGAUUGGAAAAUGGCAUCUUGGACACAGUGGUCCCUACCAUCCAAUCAACCGAGGUUUUGAAUAUUAUCUUGGUAUUCCAUAUAGUAAUGACAUGGGCUGCACUGACAAGCCUGGCUUCGAUCUACCCAGCUGUUUACCAUGUGAGCAAAGUAAACACAGUAGCAGGAAAGGUGGAGGAUGUGACACUAAAACAGCAUUACCUCUCUUUGAAAAUCAGAGUAUAGUUGAACAGCCACUGGAUCUGUGGACUCUCACAGAAAAAUAUGCUAAAGCAGCAGGCACACAGAUUUUGACAGCAAGGAAUAAGGGGCAGCCUUUCCUGCUGUAUGUGGCUUUGGCCCAUAUGCAUGUACCUCUGUUCCAUAAUCACUUCCUGAACGUGACUGCAAAGGAAGCUUAUUCAGCCAGUCUAAGUGACAUGGACAGUUUGGUGGGGAGUAUAAAACUAGCAACUGAGGCCUUUUGUAUGAAGAACACACUUAUAUGGUUUACUGGUGAUAACGGCCCAUGGGAACAGAAAUGCGAGUUUGCAGGGAGCGCUGGGCCUUUUCGGGGGAAAUGGCAGACCAGCAGAGGUGGAGGCUCAGCCAAGAGGACCACCUGGGAAGGGGGCCAUCGAGUUCCCUCAGUGGUCAUUUGGCCAGGGAACAUAUCACCCAACACCACCAGCAAUGCCCUGCUGAGUGGUAUGGAUAUCUUCCCCACUAUCCUUUCCUUAGCUGGUGUGGACCCUCCUUCAGACCGCCAUUACGACGGCAUUGAUAUAACACACAUCCUGCUCAAUGGGUCUGAUACAGGACAUAAGAGUCUCAUGCAUCCGAACAGCGGGGCAGCAGGGCAGUUUGGAGACCUACAGACAGUCAGAGUGGGACAUUACAAAGCUUUUUACAUUACAGGUGGUGCAGAGGCCUGUGGUGGAGGAAGUGGAAAGCAGGAGCUUCAUGAUCCCCCUUUGAUUUUUAACCUGGACACAGAUGAAGCAGAAGGGUCACCUCUGGACCCAGCCAGCGAGGAGUAUCAACUUGUCCUCAAGGAAGUAGAAAAAGAGCGUGAGGUGUUGUUAUGGGAUAUUGCCACAGACAAUGUAUCUACUGCAGAUUACACUGUAUCCCAGAGUGCAGUCCCCUGCUGUCAGCCACAGAACCCUGCCUGUCGAUGCCAUAGGAAGGAGGGAAGAGCACAUGAAUAGAAGAGCAAGUCAUGCAUGCUCCAAGGAGUCACAUGCAAAUGGUUUCAAUGUUCCUAAAAGAAAUAUACAGCUAGGUUGACUGUAAGAGGGCAACACAGUGGUGUAGUCUUAGUGUUGCCUCCACAUUGCUCCAGCGCUCCUGAUUCAAUCUUCCCACUGUCCAGAACUUGCAGGUUGGUGGAUAGGUGGAUACUAAUUUGCUAUUUGAUGUGAAUGGCUAAAUGAAUAUGUGUGAUGUGAUGGACUGGCAUCCUGUCCUGUGUGAAUUCUCCCAGUGUUCCUAUGAUUUGAUUUGGACCCACUGCAUCACUGACCAAGACAUAACCAAGAUUACUUUAGAAAAAUGAAUGAAUGAAAGACUGCAAGAUAAAUAUGUUUAUUUUUCUUUAAUUAUGCUACAUUGCAAUACAGUGUAAUCCCCCAAUGACAGUGUGAAUAAUCUGUUUUGAUAAGAGUAUGCAGUUUUUUUAAAUAUAAAAUAUUUUUGCAUAAAUAAAACAUUAAUGAAUUAAAUAUGGACGGAUGUUAGAUAACAGGUUUACUCACAUGAUUUUACUUGACAUCAAUUUAUAUCUACAAUUAAAUCUUUUAAAGAAUAUUUAGGAAAAGAUUCAUAAACUCCAGCUGGGACAAAGCUGUAAAAACAUCACGGUGGAGUUUUUAUAACUUGUUUGUCCCUGUAGGCAUACUGAGCAUUACUUUGUUGUCUCAAAAAUCUCUGCAGGACAGCAACUGUUGAUGAUUGCUAAAAACACAUGAUUCUAUACUUUGUGGCUUUUCUGGGAAAAGAAGGCCUGGCUGAUAGUCUCUGCUCUAAUUCAUCCCAAAGGUGUUCUGUCGGGUUGAGGUCAGGACUCUGUGCAGGACAGUCAAGUUCCUCUACACCAAACUCACUCAUCCAUGUCUUUAUGGACCUUGCUUUGUGCACUGGUGUGCAGUCAUGUUGGAACAGGAAGGGGUCAUCCCCAAACUGUUCCCACAAAGUUGGGAGCAUGAAAUUGUCCAAAAUGUCUUGGUAUGCUGAAGCAUUAAGAGUUCCUUUCACUGGAACUAAGAGGCCGAGCCCAACCCCUGAAAACAACCCCUGAAUUCAAUGAUUUGGAGGGGUGUCCCAAAAUAUUGGCAAUAUAGUGUAUUUAUUUUAAU